GAGCGUGAGUGCACUUGUCAUGUCCGUAGUCGAGUUGGAAGCACUUAUACUUUUUGUGACGUUACAUUUCCCAAUCCCGUGGAGCACAUAAACUUUAACUCACAACAUUUCCUGAAGUAUUUAUUAGAAGCAGGACCUAGUGAAGUAGGUUGGGUGACAUCUCACAGUAGUGUUUUACUCAUCUGUCCGUCUGCAUGUGGUGGGAAUUUCCGGAGGACAUUCGUCGACAAGUUGCUGUGGAUGUGUAAACGGUUGACGGGUGGAGCAAGGAAGCAGAGGUCCAUGUGUGCAUGAUAUACCGAUGCAGUUCUCUGUCUUCAGUCAACCAUCCCUGUGUUGACUCAUGACAUUCAAAGGAAUAAGGCAUCAUGGUUGCCAGCGGGUUGUCACUGAUGUGCCUGUUCCAUAAACUCCCCAACAUGAACCUUGCCCCGUGGUUCCUACUCACCCAGCUGGUCGUCCUGGUGUCGGUUGGGGCUGUGUCCUACCAGCAGUUUGAAGAAAUAUCUGACCCGGACAACAGUGGUGUGACACUCCAGCGCAUGACCCAGGAUGAAACCACGGGUAGAGUCUACGUGGGCUCGGUGAACAGAUUGUACCGACUGACGGGGGACCUGGCCUUGGAGAUAGAAGUCUUCACAGGGCCAGUGGAAGACAAUCCCAAGUGCGGACCUCCUUCGAGGCCCUGCUCCGAAGCAAAAGUGUCCACCAACAACAUUAACAAAGCCUUGGUCGUGGAUGUACAGCAGCGUCACUUGAUCUCAUGCGGACAGGUGUUUCAGGGACUAUGCCAGAUACGCAGAUUGAGCAACCUGAGCACUGUGGAGGAGCCUGAAGAUGAGGUUGUUACCAACACAGUGGGGGGUAGCAAUCUAGCGUUCAUUGCGCCCGGUGCUGAUGGGAGUGUUCUGUAUACAGCUGCAUCACGCGGAGACUGGCUCAGACGCACAGUACCAACAGUGGCUAAGAGAACGCUGUACAGUUAUACCGACUCUUCGACUAUGAGGACGUACAAAUCUCUGCAACCACUCGCUAGUAAACUAAUUCCCCAGAACACAUUAGAAGCAUUGGAUUCUUUCGACAUUAACUACAUCUAUGGAUUCUCCAGUGAGGGAUUCAGCUACUUUAUCGCCACUCAGAUUGAAAACUUUGAGGACAGUGAGACUCCGCUGUACACAAAAGUAGUCAGUCUGUGUCAAACAGAAGUAUUGGAUUCAGUUUAUUCAUACAUAGAGCUCCCUCUUGUUUGCAAGGAUGCUGGCAAUGUCACAUAUAACCUGGCCAAGUCGGCCUAUGUCACCAAAGUGGGCUCUGAUCUGUACGACACUGGGGUUCCCAGGGAUGAGGAUGUACUGUUUGUGACAUUUUCAUCAGACGGCCCUACGAGAAAGUCCGUCAUAUGCAUGUAUCCAGUGAGGAAGAUAAAUGAAGGGUUUUUACAAAGGAGAAUUGAUUGUGCUAUGAAGAAGACGGACAAUACUGAGAUAGGAUGGCUUGGAGCAUCAGAAUGUGCAGUCUCAUCACAAUAUAUUCAGACAUUAAACAACAUGGGCCCAAGCUAUUGCCACAACACUGAAUUCCAAACACCCCUUGGUGGGUUACACCCAUCUAUAGAGGCACAAGCAAUCUACUCUACUAACAGUAGCAUCGAGGCCGUGGCAGCAUUACCCCACAAUGGUGCAACUGUGAUCCUGCUAGGAGACGAACGUGGCAACUUGACCAAGCUCCGUGUUCAGUCACCAACCAAGGCCCGCCUCUAUGAGGAACUGUCCAUCGUCAGUGGGAGCCGCAUCAUUCAAAAUGGGCUGAUGCUCACUCCAGACAAGCAGUACGUGUUCGUUAUGACAGAGAGAAUGAUUUCCAAGGUUCCUAUUGAAACCUGCGAGUCAUUGACAACGUGUGGGGAUUGUUUGCGUGUGGGAAUGGAUGGAACAGGAGACCCACAUUGCGGCUGGUGCCCUUUGCAGAACAGCUGUACGAGGCGCUCGGAGAUGGAGUGCCCAGGUGCGACCGACGUCCCAUCAACCAAUCGAUGGAUAGAUAGCAGAAGCCCAUGUAUACAUAUCCAAUCAGUGACGCCGUCCAGCAUUCCCAGUGAUGCCAUUGCUCAGCUAACUCUGAAUGUGACCAGCCUGCCUGUACUGAAUAACAGCUUGACCCACAGGUACCAGUGCUUCUUCGACUCGCUGGGGUCAACGGACGCGACAGCGGUACCCAUGGACAAUUCCCUCGUCCAGUGCUCGACCCCGGCUGCUAUGCCAGUGCUUCAAGGAGGUGAACUGACAGUCACCCUUUCCCUCCGGGCCACCGAGACGGACAAACUCAUCGUCAACACGACCUUUGACUUCUACAAUUGCAGCGCCUUUGAGAGCUGCACCCAGUGUGUGGCUGAUUACCUGUGCAACUGGUGCAUCUUUGAGAACAAGUGCAUGGGGAAUGCAAGCAGCUGUAACUCGACUGGUGUCAUUGCUGGGCAGGAGGUGCAGAACAUGGACUCACCGAGGAAGGGCAAGGAAUAUUGCCCAAGGAUCGACAACAACAAUGAAAUUCUCAUUCCAGCGGGAGAACCAGAACCUCAGGACUUCACAGUGAAUGUGGCUAGUCUUCCCGUUGAGUCUGGUUACCAGUGUGCACUGAAGCAUCCCGGAUGGGAAAUGGAGGCAGUGACUCCAGGCAUCAGACUCGAUGACUCCAGCAUCCGUUGCUCAGCUAGGAAGUACAAUUACACCAUGGAUGAGAACACCAUUGUCGCUGAUUUACGUAUCCGCUGGAAUGGUGGUCGCUUUGUGCUGGACAACCCCUCCAUGUUGAACGUGACGCUGUACAAGUGUGCAGUUAAGCGAGCAGAUUGCGGGAAAUGUCUCCUGGCAGAUGCGAAGUUCUCCUGUGGCUGGUGUGAAGAGGCCAAAAUGUGCAGCCGGUCCGCUCGGUGCCCCGUGGUGCCGGGCACCGGCCAGAGGUGGCUGAGCGGGGUUGACCUGUGCCCCGACCCACGCAUCACCAUGUUUGACCCCAAAAGUGGGCAUGUUGCCGGAGGUACCAAAGUGGUAAUCAAGGGAUUCAACCUGGGCCAGAGUGUCAGCGACAUCAGACGAGUUACCGUUGCGGGAAUGCCGUGUCGGAUGCUGGAAUCGGAGUACACACCUGCCGAGAGAAUUGUCUGCAUGACCAAUUCUAGCACAGAUGGGGCAGCCAGCGGCCCCGUCAUCGUCGUGAUUGGCAGGGGCAAUUCCUCAAUGCCAGAUCUGGAGACAGUGUCUGAAGAAAAUUUCUCCUUCGUGGUACCCUCUAUCACCAAUGUCCACCCGCUUCUUGGGCCCAAAGCAGGUGGGUCAAGGGUCACGUUGACUGGCAUACAUCUCAAUGCAGGGGGUAGCAGGACCAUCACUGUAGCUGGCAUGCCCUGUGACCUUGCUGACACUGGCAACUUGUCAGGUGAUGCCAUCAGCUGCAUCACAUCGCCAAGUGAGACGGGCAACGAGGGUCCAGUGACGAUGACCUUUGACGCAGUGGGCGCAGCCGUGAGUUCCAGCAACUUCACGUACACGGAGAAUCCAAGUAUCUCGAAGCAGGACCGCACACAGAUGAUUCUCAGUGGUGGAUUAAGCAUAGCGGUGAUGGGAGUUAACCUGGAUGUCGUGCAGGAGCCGAAGAUGGAAAUUCAAAUCAGGAAAAUGCCAGGAGUCACCCGGAGCAAGAGACAAGCGAGCCAGCAGAUUGAUAGCACAAUCAUCACAAAGUGUACUGUCCUCAGCUCCACCUCCAUGGAGUGCAAGUCGCCCGAUCUCUCGAAGCCAGAAUUGGCGGGCACUUUCACCUUCGACAACAGCACUUCACCGCCCUCCUUCAUCCUGCCUGGGAGCGACAUCAGCUUUGUCAUGGAUGGGGUCACCAUUAUGUCCCAGUCCGAUUUCAGAGUGUUCGUCGACCCAGAGUACUUCAUGUUUGAGGAGGUCCAGAGAGUGGCUUACAAGGAGCGCAAGAUGCUAGAAAUAAAGGGUCGUUACAUCAAAGCAACGUACAUGUCCGGUGAUGUCACAGUCACUGUGGGGAAUCUGUCGUGUAGUCCACUGAUGCAGAAUGAAGACAGCCUGACUUGUGAGGCACCCGAAAAUGAAGUAGGACAAACCUACAAUGUAGUGGUCUAUCACGGCAACCUGGAGAAGCCUGUGGGGCGCGUCGAGUAUCUCCGUGAGGAGUUGCCCCUGGCCAUCAUCAUUGGUGCCGUCUGCGGCGUGGCCCUCAUCAUCUUCAUCGUCCUGUUCAUCAUCUGCAUCUGGCGCCGCAUCAGCGCCAACGAGCGCCGCUUCAAGAAGAUGGAGUCACAGAGGGACGAGAUGGAGAUGAGGGUGGCUCAGGAGUGCAAGGAUGCCUUUGCCGAGCUGCAGAUCACCGUCCUGACAGUAAGCAGUGAUGUGGAGGGAUCGGGGAUACCAUUCCGUGACUACCGUGAUUAUGUAGCGAGGCUCCUCUUUCCAGAGAAUCCAUGCCAUCCCGUGUUCAGAGAGAUUCCUGUUGUACGUGAAAAUAUCUCGGGCAUCAAGCGCAAUGUCCUAGAGAAGGCACUGGUGCAGUUUGGCAACCUGAUCACCAACCACACCUUCCUGGCCAUCUUUGUCCGCACCCUGGAGAACCAGAAGUCCCUGUCGCUGAAGGACCGCAGCAACAUCGCCUCGCUGCUUGUCAUUGCCCUGCACAACAAGCUGGACUUCCUGACCCAGGCCGUCAAGCUCCUCCUGCAGGACCUGAUCAAGGUGUACACCAAGGAGGGGCGGGCACAGCUGCUGCUGAGAAGGAGCGAGGCAGUCGUCGAAAAGUUGGUGGCUCAUUGGCUGUCCAUCUUGAUGUAUGACUCGCUGAAGGACAGCAUGGGGAAACCCCUAUUCCACCUGUUCUACGCUAUCAAGCAGCAGAUUGACAAGGGUCCAGUUGACGCCGUCACUGGGGAGGCGCGGUAUGGCCUGAGUGAGAUGAAAGUCAUUCGACAGCAGAUUGACUUCAAAACGCUGAACAUCAAAACCAACAGUCUGGAUAUCACCUCAGAGCCCAUCCAGUUGAAGGUGUUAGACUGCGACACCAUAUCACAGACGAAGGAUAAGAUUCUAGAUGCCAUCUACAAAUCAUGUCCAUUCAGCAAACGGCCCAUGCGAGAUGAGCUAGAUUUAGAAUGGUGCGACAGACCGGAUGGGCCUGGCAGCAUGAUCCUGCUGGACGACGACGGUAGAGGAAGGUUCGACGGAGAGUGGAAACGCAUCAACACCUUGGCCUACUAUCAGGUACCAGACGGUGCAACCUUGAGGCUAGUCAGAGCCCAGCCCAAUGGUGGAUCGCUACCUAACACACCAGCAAGGAAAUAUGGCACGCUGCCUAGCCCGGCUACCUCUUCCUCCCCGAUCAUUGACCAGGAGAGGGGUGCCACCCUGUGGCACCUGGUCAAGCACGUGGACUCCGGCAGCCUGCGUAAGGGGGAGAGAGACCAGAAGAUGAUGGCAGAGAUCUACCUGCCCAGGCUGCUUACCACCAAGGGUAUCCUUCAGCAGUUUGUGGAUGAGCUCCUAGAGACCAUCUUCAACGGCGAAUCAGAUGUCCCCAUCGCCGUCAAGUACCUGUUUGACUUCUUAGACGAGCAGGCCACCUCGCAGGGCAUCACCAACCCGGACGUGGCACAUGCAUGGAAGAGCAACUGCCUGCAGCUACGAUUCUGGGUCAACCUGAUCAUGAACCCCACCGUCCUCUUUGACAUCAACAAGACUGACACGGUGGAUGCCUGCGUGUCCAUCAUCGGCCAGACGUUGAUCGAUUCCUGCUCCGUCUCGGAGCAGCACCUCACCAAGGACUCCCCCUCCAACAAGUUGCUGUACGCCAAAGACAUCCCCCAGUACAAGCAGUGGGUGGCCAAGUACUACAAAGACAUCAACGACAUGCCGUCCAUCAGCGAUCAGGACAUGAGCGCUAUGCUGGCUGCUCACACCAACCGCUACCAGAACGAGUUUCAGCCUCUCAAUGCGCUCAACGAGCUCUACUUCUGCUACGCUUGCAUCUUCAAGAGUGAGAUCCUCCAAUCCCUUGACGAGGACAAGGAGGCGCAGAGGCAAGGCUUAGGAGACAAGCUGGAGGACAUCUUCCGUCUGAUGGCCGACUCGGCCUGACAAUUAAUGAAGGAGUCCCAGGUUUGAUCAGUACGCAUCUUCUUUCCGGAAUGACAACCCAACCCGAUAUCCUCUUCUUGUCGUGCCCCCAAUUGGGAUCAGAAACGGACCAAGUUUGUUUUUAUCAGAAUUUGUUUCAAGUGAAUUGGAUUCAAUUCCGGUGUGAACUCUAUCCAGUUAUGGCCCAUUUUCACAGUAUACCGUUUAUUACUCACAGUACCAAUUUGGAAUUGAAAAGUCAACAGGUACUAACACUCACAGUUGCUUUUUCCCUAAUUUCAGUCAGAAAUUGAUGCCAUUGACUUUUUGUUGAGAGUAUAUAUCUUUCUAGAUGAUUUUUUUAGGGGGGCGGUUAAAGCUGCUAAUCAUCACCAAUGGAAUGUACUAAAGCAGAAAGAUGCAGCCAUUGAAUGUUGGGAAAUUUAAAGGUGAAGAAAAGUGAAUAAAAACAAAUUGAAAAAAU